AUGAUUAAAUUUCCUUCUCCUUAUGAUCGUGUGCUUCCACACGAGAUUCAAGUUACAUUUCCAGAAGAUUUAGCAACAAAAGAAGUUACUCUUGAUCGAGUGAUUGGCUCUCUUAUCGGAUUAGCCGUAGGUGAUGCACUAGGAGCCAGUGUUGAGUUUCGUUCACAUGAUUAUCUUCGACAUCAUCCUGUUUCUGACAUGCAGAAAGGAGGCACAUGGGGUCUUGAUGCAGGUCAAUGGACAGAUGAUACAUCUACGGCAUUAUGUCUCGCUUCAUCACUAAUUACAAAACAGCGUUUUGAUCCUUAUGAUCAAAUGGUUCGUUAUAAAUGGUGGUAUAAAUACGGCUUUCUUUCGUCCACUGGAAACUGUUUCGAUAUUGGCAAUGCUACUCGUCAAGCUCUUGAUGAAUUUUGUCAUCGUCAAAGAUUUCUAAAAGAUGUCUUUCAUUGCACGACUGACGAAGAAGUCGAUCGACUUCCACUUGAGAAAGUUAAGAGCGUAAAAGAUUUUAGUCUGGACUGUAGCUCAGCGGGUGUCGCUGGAAACGGAGCUCUCAUGCGUCUCGCUCCUGUACCACUCUUUUAUUUUUGGUCACCCAUCGAGGCCGUUAGCUAUGCUGGGCUCAGUGCCACACUGACUCAUGGAAGUAUAAUAGCGUACGAUGCUUGCCGAUACUAUGCAGCACUUAUUGUCGCGGCUGUACGUGGUGAGCCUAAAGAGAAACUAUUAAGUAAUACGUUUUAUAACGAUCAUCAACAUUGGUUCGGACCGAAAAAUCUUCAUCCAGAAAUACUUCAGGUGUCUCAGGGUUCCUACAAGCGACCUCGUGGGUAUGCUGAUGGAAUUCGAGGCAAGGGAUACAUAGUGAGCGCGCUGGAAGCCGCUCUGUGGGCAUUUUAUUACGAUGGUAAUUCAUUCCGAAAAGGAAUUCUUGCUGCUAUCCAGCUCGGAGACGACACUGAUACUACGGCAGCCAUUUACGGUCAGUUGGCUGGUGCUUGCUAUGGCUAUCAACGGAUUCCAGAAAAUUGGCGACAACAGCUCUAUGCUAAUCAAUUGAUUAUUGGUAUUGCUUAUUGGUUACAUUUUCUCGGAAAACAGCAGCAUAAUACUGAACAGCAGUCACAAAAUAUAACCGGACAAUACUCAAUUUCUACAACAAAUCCUCAACUUCGACAUCGGCAGUUAAAUGUCACAACAUCAUUGCGUAACGGAGUACAACAGAACAGACCUACUAUUGGUGUUACCGGCAAUCAGUUGCGCCCUUGUGUGUCAUACGCUGUGCCAACUCAACCACUUCGACACAACAAUCCUCAUGGUGCUCAUAAUCUAGUCGAUACAAAUUACGAAACUGACUGGAAACAGUCAGGUCCUGAUUCAACGCCUGUUGCAGGUUUACCCAGUCAUCGCCGAACCCUUAAAUUAUCCGAUAAUUAUAAUCCUCUAAAUUAUCUCAGCAAAUAUAUCCAUAAGUAA